AUGUGUGAUGAUGACACACAAAUGCUAAUUGUAACAAGUGAAAACUCAACUACAGAAGCAGAAUCUGCUUCUAGUGAGGCGUUCUGGACGCCAAUGGAGAUAAGUGAAGAGGAAGAUGAUCAAAUGGAAAUCAUCGACCUAACACCUCCAAACUAUCAAGCUGAUGAGGUCGAAAUCCUGCUAACAGGAACUCCGCCAAGUCCAAGCGAUAAUUCAAUUAGAGUAUUAGAACCUAAAGAGGUUAAUUCGCAAUUACCAGAAGAUUCUAGUCCGAUAGAAGAACCAGGAUCGUCUGAUAGAACAUCCUGCUUCACAGACGAAGAAGAAUUCUGCAACAACGCAGCUCAAGAUAGGUUAACUCGAGCCCCGGGUGAAAUGCAAUGUGGACCUGAAUAUAAUCAAAACAACUAUUUAAACAAACAGGUGGCGACUUGUACAACUACCCAGAAUAGACAGGGGAACAAAAGACCUUCUAAACAGCAGCGGAAAGAAAAUGAAAAUAAUAAAAUAAUAGCUCUAAAAGUAAUGUUAGAUGGUACGGACGAACCAGAGAAGAUUUGGCCAGCAUGUGUAUUGCACAAGGUCCAACAAAGCCUAGGUAAAGUCCCAAAGUUCGGAUGGCAACACAUCCACGAAGCCUAUAAGGCAAGAUUUUCUAAUGAUAUAGACUUGGAAAAACUCCAAGAUCUGGCUAGGAAAGGAUUAAGAAAUAACUUACACUUAAAACUACCCUCUGAUGAAGAGCUCAUGCUGCGAGCCGAUGAACUCCCGGAGAACUCUCUAAAGGAGCUACGUAGGAAAAUAAACAUCAAAGAGGAUAUAAAUAGAAAGCUGGUCCUAAUGGAACAAUAUGAAAUCGAGGAGGCCGAAAGGACUUACAAGAUUUACUCACAGAGAUUCCAGGAAACAACAUUUCAGUACAUCCUGGACGAGUUAGGAUCCUACUUACUAGAAAUCUCAAAUCAACCAAGAGACUUCUCAGAAGCCACAAGAAUAUUGCAAGCAGUCCAACUGUCAUAUCACCACGUAACAUACAAGGAAUGGGAACCCUCCAAUUGGAAGGAAAACAUGGAAUUUAAGAUAGCAGGAUUCAAGUACACUAAGGAACUGAUUGACAGAGAAGAACGUGGUCGGGCUAUACAAUACAUGAAAAACAAAGGGAAGAUUCUGGAAAACCCCCAACACCGACUCGAAGAAAAAGUAGCCUUAGACAAUAAUAUACUCAUAUACCAAACAAAAAUUGACAGGAGUGAAGAGAGGAUACAAUUCAACUUGGACAAUAGCAACUUCGAGAAGAACACGAAAAAAUUCUUCAGAAAUCUAUUGAACCAAGGACAAUCUCGAGAUCACCCGUCUCCAGUGGAAAUGGAGAUACACUGGUCCCCUGUGUGGGACGCCAGAACUAUAAAUCCAGAAAAGUUCGAAAGGUACCUAUAUCUCAACCCUACAGUUGUAAGGGAAGAGAAAGACUUCAUCUCCGAAGAAGAAUUUUAUGAGAUCAUAAAAGGACUCCCAGACUGGAAAGCAUGUGGAGUCGAUGGAGUAUACAACUUCUUCAUUAAGAGAACAACACAUUUGCACCCCUUCUUGUAUAAACUAACAAAACAAGCAUGCAUGGAACCCCAUAAGAUACCUCAAUGGUUUGGAAAGGGAAUAACAUACUUGAUCAAGAAGAGCGACGAAACAACGCCAAGCAACUACCGUCCGAUAACCUGCAUGUCUAACUUGUACAAACUGGUAACAAAAUGUGUCUACAGAGUGUUAAUUGGAAUUGUACAGGAGAGAAGAUUGCUGUCGGAAGCGCAAUUGGCCACGGUUAAAGGAGUCCAAGGGGCAAAGGAACAAGCACUGUUGAACAUUGCAAUUAACAGGGCGCACAAGAACAAUCUGAAAACAUCAUGGCUCGAUAUUAGAAAGGCAUUCGAUUCGAUAGACCAUAAAUAUUUACAUGCCGUACUAGAUCACCUGAAUAUCCCAGAUUGGAUUACUAACUUUAUAAAGCAUAUCACUAGUGGAUGGACAAUAGACGUUAGAUGUGGGAAAGAACCUAUAAUGGUGAAAAAGGUAACGAGAGGAAUCCUUCAAGGAGACUCGUUAUCACCGCUACUAUUCGUACUAUGCAUGGAUCCCCUGAGUAAAAUCCUACAUUCAGUUUACCCAACGGUAAAAGGAAAGAUUGGAGAAAAACAGGAACAUGGCUUGAACCACCUACUAUUCAUGGAUGAUAUUAAACUAUUCGCUGAAACUGACGAAAUCCUAAAGAAAAUGACGGAUGAGGUCAAAAUGUUCUGCGAAGCCUCAGGAUUGGAAAUAAACAGAGAAAAGUCGGCUACAAACUCGCCUCUCUGUGAAGACACUGCAGUAUUACUGGAAGGAUCUGCAAUGUACAAAUACCUGGGUAUAAUGGAAGACAGAUCAAGCAUCCCAUCGUUGGAGUCAUGGGAAAAAAUCCGAGCCGAAAUUUUGGCAAGGGUUGAAAAAUUAGCAAAAACCAAGCUGAACGGGAGAAACAUGUUCAAGGCAAUAAAUAUGUUUGCUUUGUCCCUCCUGAACUACUACACUGGAUUGCUAAGACUUUUACCGGAUGAUUUUGAGGCAUUAGACUUGGACAUCCGCAAAAUAUUGGUCAAACAUAGGAUACAUUACCUAAACGCAUCCCCUGAAAGACUCUACCUUAAAAGAGACCAAUGUGGACGGGGACUAGCAUCAGCAACCUUUAGAUCUGAAAAGAUGUUGCUAACUUUUUGGGACACCUUGAGAAAAGGCAGUGAGACAUCCACACGUCGAGCAUUGAUUAUGCAAAUCGAAAAUGAAGACCUCACCCAUAUGUCACGCAUAGAGGGAUUUGUUAGACGCAAAUACGAAAACGUCAACAAUGGAGGACUACGUAUCGGAGAUGACAAUAUCAAUGAGAUGCAAAGGAGAAGUCUGUUCCACUCACUCUCACAAAAGAGAUGUCACCCUAUAUUCUUUAAACAACUGAAUGGAGACAACCUAAUUGAUAGGAAGGAAUCUGCACUUUGGCUAACACAUGGAAACAUCUCAGCCCGAGACGAAGCAGCCUACUGCGCUCUCCAAGACAGAAACAUCUUCAUGGGAAACUAUGACAAAUGCAAACACUGCAAAGGAGCAACAGCUACUGUAGACCACCUGGCCACAUGCUGUGAACGUAAACUAGCCUUUGAUUACACCAGACGACACAACGAAGUUCUGAAAUGUGUAUCUCUCCACCUGUGCCGCAUGUUCAAUCUAAUAAAAAGAAAGAAAAUAAAAGGAUAUGUGAUGCAGGAGACAGUUACUGACGGUACAAAUGAACUUAGGAUCGAUACUGCUGUUAAGACGGACGUCAGGAUAUCGAAGAAUAGACUGGAAUGGUAA